AUGACUCCGACGCAUGUAGGAGAUGUCAAAAAUUCUGCCGCCGAGGGAUUGCCAGCAAAGUUUGUUCUGUCCAUGAGAACACUGUUCGACAUUUUGGAUGAUAAAAGAACUGGAUAUGUUAAAUUUUCUGAAAUUGAGACGCGAUGGCAAGAUGAUGGUACAAAAGGUUUGCCAAAAGGUGUAUUAGAUAGUCUUCGAAAAGUAACUCCACCCAACGGUCUACUGUCUUUCGACCGUUUUUGUACUGGCUUAAAAAUGUGCCUACUUCGAAAUCAAAUGGAAAAUGGUCGUCGGGAUAAUGACUCUGUACGACCUCCAUCAGCUCCACUUUUGGAUAUAGAUAUUAAACCUAACGUACAAUGGACAAAUGGAAAUAUGGCUGCCAUUCGACCUACUCAGCAAAGAACUCUGAGUAUGCCACAAUUAGCUUUGGAGCGUAAUAGUAAGGAAGUGCAUCAGUUACCACAAAAAUCCACAUCAUCGUCACUUUUUGGACCACCAAAACCCCCACGAACUGCUGCAGGCUUAGAACGAGGCCUACAGCUUGCUUCUGGUGAACGCAUUAUCGAUAAGGCUGAAAUAAGAACAGCCUUGCAAAAUUGGCAGUUGGGAGUGUUAUUAAAUGAUCAGAGCAGUUCUAGAAGUGAAAAACAAUCAGGAGAACAAACGUAUAAAAGAACUAAUCAACGACGAAGAGAACCGAGACGCCAUACACUUCAAAGUGGUGUAGAUUAUAAUAUGCUGAAAAGAAUAAAGCAAAUAGAACAGGAAAAAGAAGUCCUCAUGCAUGGACUUCAAGCUGUAGAAAGGGCAAGAGACUGGUACCAUAAGCAGAUAUCUGCUGUUCAAGAAAAAAUGAAAUACCUCGGUCGAACAAAUUCACAUACACAGGACCAAUGGACUGAAGCACAACAGGAGCGUAUUGAGUUACAACGGGCUCGAGUCUUGGAGGUCAAUAGACAUUUGUCCGCAUUAACAGAUGGUGGUGAACGAUGGGGUGGUCUACCAUUGCACAUGAACUUAGCUGUGCAUUCAUCAAAUAAUCCUGGAACGAUGUUACAUCAAAAUCCUCAAGUAAUGGCUACAUUAAAACAUCGCAACCAUAUACUCACUGAGGAAUUAGGACAAAAAAGUGAAAGAAUAUCAACAUUAGAAAGAGAAAAAGCGACUCUUAUCAGAGAAUUAUUUCAAACACGAACCCAGAUGGGACGUAAAUUAGGGAGAUUAGAUAGUAAACCUGAUGGCCAGUCAUAUAUACCUUAA